ACCCGAGCAAGAUGGAGGCCGCGCCGAGGCCGCCUCCUGGGCCGAGGCAGCCGCUGCUGGGAGCGCCGAGCCGGGGCGCCUAGGCCGUGCCAGUCCCGGACCCACUGCUCUGGACCGGGCCCAGGUUGGUCUCCCUGCACCCCGUUCCUGCGGCCGCAGCCUCCGCGCGCGUCCGGCCUGGGAGCCGGGCAGCCGCCCCCCACCCCCACCUCCGGCCCUACCCUGGCCCGGUAGCUCCCCAGCGCCCCAGGGAUAGCCCCUGCCCACUGCCCGCCCCUCGAGGCCCGAGCUGUCUGCCGGCCCUGGUCCCUCGUCCCCUUGGCCUGGAAAACCUCUCUCCUUAGCCCUGGCCCGCCAAUCCUAGGCUCCCCCCAGCCUACAUCCAGUCCUGUCUUCUAGGGGACCCCCCAAAACCCCUGCCCCGUGUUCAGACUCUGCAGUCCCAGCGCCCGACUCCCCACUAGCCUCAUCCUGAUUCCUGCACUUCACCCUCCCUGUCCCAGCCCCCAUUAUCACCUUCCCAGGCCCCUGUGUAUCCCCUUCUUAUCCCCUUAUAGAAGCACCAACCCCCCCCUCUCCACAGCGCUUUUCUAGACACCCAAUACCAAACCUUUUACCCCUAAUACCUGUCCCCCAAUUCCCUUCCAAGCUCCCUAUUUACAGCGCCUCUGUUAAUAUAUCCCAAUACCGGUCCUCAGCUUCCAUUCUAUCUCUCCAUGGUCCCCUCCUACUCCCUCAAUUCUGGUCCCCAGACCCCCUUCCCAACACCCCCAUGACCACUUUCUAGUCAGCCCCCACUUCCAUCUCCCAUAUCCACAUCCCAUCCCCCCCCAUCCCAACCCCCCAACUUUCACAUGGCCUCUUCCUAGGUCCAAUCGGAGAUCUUUGCCCCCUCUAGACACCGCCCCAACACUCAGGACCCUCUCCUAGCUCUUCCAUACUACCCCCUGAUUCCCCCCAGCUCCGCCCCAGGCUCCGCCCCGAGAGUUCUUUGGCUCAGGGCAGCUUCUCGCGUGCGUCCCCAGCUCCCGCCCGCCCGUCAGCCCGGCAGCCGGCGGUCGGUCCCGGGCCGGCGGCCCCCGCCAGCCGCCGUCGCCGCCGCCGGCCCCGCCCCCGGGCACCAUGCUGCCCUCGCAGGAGGCCUCCAAGCUCUACCAUGAGCACUACAUGCGGAACUCGCGGGCCAUCGGCGUGCUAUGGGCCAUCUUCACCAUCUGCUUCGCCAUCAUCAACGUGGUGGUCUUCAUCCAGCCCUACUGGGUGGGCGACAGCGUGAGCACCCCCAAGCCUGGCUACUUCGGCCUCUUCCACUACUGUGUGGGCAGCGGGCUGGCGGGCCGCGAGCUUACCUGCCGCGGCUCGUUCACCGACUUCAGCACCAUCCCGUCCGGCGCCUUCAAGGCAGCCGCCUUCUUCGUGCUGCUCUCCAUGGUGCUGAUCCUCGGCUGUAUCACCUGCUUUGCGCUUUUCUUCUUCUGCAACACGGCCACGGUCUACAAGAUCUGCGCCUGGAUGCAGCUCUUGGCAGCUCUGUGCCUUGUGCUGGGCUGCAUGAUCUUCCCCGACGGCUGGGACGCCGAGACGAUCCGGGACAUGUGUGGGGCCAAGACCGGGAAGUACUCCCUGGGGGACUGUUCAGUGCGCUGGGCGUACAUCCUGGCCAUCAUCGGCAUCCUCAACGCCCUCAUCCUCUCCUUCCUCGCCUUCGUGCUGGGCAACCGGCAAACAGACCUGCUGCAGGAGGAGCUCAAGCAGGAGAACAAAGAUUUUGUGGGCUCUACAGUAAGCUCUGUGUUGCGGCCAGGGGGUGAUGUCUCCGGAUGGGGAGUCCUCCCCUGUCCCGUCGCUCACUCACAGGGACCCUGAGGGCCAGGAUCACAGCCCAGGAAUUGACCUGUCCUCAGCUUCUCCCGUUGCCUGCCCUCUCAUCCCUUCAUUCAAGCUCCAGGGGAAGACCCCAUCGAGGACUGACUUCUCAUCUGCUACCUGCCUGUAGCUCCAGGCUUUGAAGAGAUCGGGGCUGGGAUGCAGUGUGGGGGGAGGGCCUGAUUCUGCUCUUCCCUCAACUGACCUAAGGGAGCUGGAGCCCCGGGCCCUUGGGCUUCUCCUUUCCUCCCUAGCCUGGCCUGGGGACCCUGCAGAGUCUCCAGGGGAAGAGACGCCGUGGUUCCAGUUCCCCAGGCCCCCUCAGUCUGGAGGGCUGCUGCCUGGCUGUAUCCUUGCCUCCUCUGGUCCCUGCCUCCUGCAGAAACUUAUUCAAGACACUGGCCUAGGGUGGACCAGACUUUUUCCUAUUUUUUUCUCCUCCGAUGAUGGUUCCAUCAUAUCAUUACAGAGCUCCAGGCGCCACCAGCCUCCCUGGGGCCUCUCUGCCACACCCGCUCCAGCCUGUUCUCACCUCUCCCAAAGAGGUCUGAGCUGCACUGAGGGAGAAAGCACAGGGCCUCCCUGUCAACAGCUGACUGGGGCCCUGGGCAGCCCAGAGACUGAGGACAGACAGGCUCUGGAGGCAGUAGGAGAGGGUGCUUGGACUCCUGUCUUGGUGGCAUCUGAUCAUGGCAGCUGGGGCUGGAAGGGGCUCAACCUGGGGCUGGCCCGGCCUCCUCUCUGCUGGGGUGUCUCACCAGUGACUGGACCCUUGACCCCAGCCUGUUUUGUACAGCACAGACUUCUUGGCCCUGUUGUCAGGGCUGGGGGUUUGGGAGGGGGACCCGAGAGUGGGGAAUUAGGGGAUACAUCACCCCUCUGCCCCUUCUCAUGCCCCCAGCCCAGGCAUCUGCCAAGGGCAGAGACUGUCUUGCCUCUUUGAUACUUUUUCUGCAUAACUUGAACUUGCAGGUCACCUCUGAACAGGGUACCCCCUGUCCCCAUCCCCAGGCCUUGUAACCCUAUCCCUACCUCCACUUCCUCCCCUUGCC